AUGGUUUUAAGACUAAUAUUGGCAGAUAGGACCAAAGUUCAGUUGAACAGCCAGAUAUAUUCCCAGGAAAAUAUGGGAUAUGACCAGGUGCUGACUCCAGCACAGAUCAAAUCAAUUUGCCAAGCAAUUCUUGACUCCGGAAAGCAACAUGCCAUGAAAAAGAGGAAACCAUUCCCUCUGAUGUAUUCUUACUAUGGAUCUGAAUACUUGGGAGCAACUCAUGGCCUAUCAUCCAUUCUCCAGAUGCUUCUUUCUUACUAUGAGCACAUCAAGCCCUCAGAUCAGGAGCUUGUAUGGCAGAGUGUGGACUUCCUCAUGGAGCAGGAGCAGAACUGCAACUGGCCACCUGAGCUUGGCGAGGCCAUUGAGAGAGAGAACGAGCUGGUACACUGGUGCCAUGGCGCCCCAGGAAUUGCCUAUCUGUUUGCCAAAGUUUAUCUGGUUUCCAAGAAACCACAGUACCUGGACACAUGUAUCUGGUGUGGGGAACUCACAUAGCAGAAGGGCCUGCUAAAGAAGGUGCCAGGAAUUUGCCACGGUGUAGCUGGCAGUGCCUAUGUCUUCCUGUUGCUUUAUUGGCUCACAGGAAACUCUAAAUACAUCUACCAAGCCCAAAGGUUUGCUGAGUUUGUAUUUACUGAGAAAUUGAAGGCCGGUUCUCACGUCCUUGAAAGUAUAUACAGCUCGUAUGAAGGCUUCUCUGGGACGGUGUGCUUUCUGAUUGAUCUGCUGCAACACAGUCAGGCUGAAUUCCCUCUCGUCAGCAUCUUUGUUUAG